AUGCCCACUAUUUUCACCAACGAGUACUCGCGGGGCCCCCUGUACCAGUACUGGAAGGAGCGGAACCAGGAGGAGAAAGCCCUCCGCGAGCAGCGCAUCGAGGAAGCCAAACUCCGCAGCAAGGGGUUCCGGCCCAUGGGCCCGGCGUUUGGUCCCAGCAGCACGGAUUCCUACGCUCACCGCGCCACGAGCGGGCCACCGGCUUACCGUCACGACGCCGACGCGGGCGCCGAGGAAGGGGCCGUUGAGGGCUCGUUGGCUCGACCAGGACGCCAGGGAUCGGCUGGGCAAGACGACCCCCUCCCUUCGUACGGCGCAUCGACGGGACAAUCUGACACUGCGGCCGACGCCUCACUUUUCUCCGCCGAAGAAGAGAAAUCCCGCCUGCGCCACCUCGAGGAGCAGCGCCAACAGAUCCAGUCGGACGCGGCGCUCGCCCAGACCCUUUCUGCCCAGGAGGAGUCGGAGGAGGACCAGGAACAGGCCGGGAGCAAGGGCAAGCAACCAGCACGGCGCAAGAGCACGGCGGGCAAGAUCGGGCGGUGGCUGGCGGACGCGGCGACCGGGUACACCAGGAAGCAGGAACGCUGGUAA